GAAGUAGCCAUCGUAGACGAAGAAGAUGUGCCAUUAUACGAUAAGUACUACGAAGUUGGAUCGACGAUAAAACUGAUGUGCAAAAUUCGACACAUCUCGAUGUUACGGUCUGUCGUUUAUUGGAUACACAACGAAAACACUCUUAAUCAUGAUACAACACGAGGUGGUAUCAGUGUUAAGACCAAUUUAACGGAUAUUGGAGCCAAUUCGACACUUUUUGUAGCUAAAGUUAAGCGACAGGACUCUGGCACCUAUAUGUGUUCCAUUGGACCGAACCAACAUUAUUCUAUUUCAGUGCAUGUGCUCAACGGUAAGUAUUCACUGGAUUAUUCUUUACAUAUCUUACCAUUGCGGAGGAUUUACUUCCUUCACAGACAUUGGACCCUACCCAAGCGAUUGAAAACGCUGAAAAGUAGCGAGAAGAGUAGCUCGUGA